CCUCCAUGAAUAGCUAUCUCAUGUCUACCUCCUACUUUGUUUGUUUUGUUUUGGCUGUUCGUUUUGGUUUACUUGUAUUUUCUUACUUUUGCAGCAUGCUUCCUCAUUUGAAUUAAAACAAAAAAACGGAUCGGAAAACUCUUGCAAACAAUAUGCGGAAGUAAACAAGAGUUAGCUUAACGACCAAGUAGUCAAAAGAAAGCCUAAAUUAAGCAAUUUAUUGGUCCAUCCUUUUAUUUACGCAUUUACGCUACACGGACACGGCUUUCCAAACUUCCCACCCUCCCUUAUUUAUAUUCUUCAUGCAUUUCUUUCCAUUCGCUCAUCUCAUCGUCACCGAAUUCCUCUCUCCUCCCUCUUUCCACCUUUUUCUCCAGAUUUGGAACAAAUCAAAAUCACCAUUUCCCUUUUUUAUAAUUUCGUUUAGCCUAACCAACUCAACGCCAAUCGACUUUUCUCAUUCCUUAUAUUCCUUGUUUCGUUAUUUUUCCUAAUCCUGAAAUUCGCGCUUUGAAUCUUCUUUGACAAGGAUUUCUAACAAAAUGGCUGAAGGUGAUUAUAAAGUUGAGAAACAAAUGAGUGUCAGUGAAGAAGAGAAAUUGAAGUACUUUCAAUUUGUGCAUGCUGCUGCUCUGCAAGCCAUUUUCUGCUUUUCAAAUCUGUAUGGUUAUGCCAAGGACAAAUCUGGGCCACUGAAGCCUGGUGUCGAGACUGUUGAGGGUACGGUGAAGACUGUUGUUCGUCCUGUGUAUGACAGGUUCCAUGAAGUUCCUCUUGAGCUUCUCAAGUUCGUUGAUCGCAAGGUUGAUGACACUUUUGUCAAGGUGCAGCACACUGUUCCGCCCCUAGUGAAACAGGUAUCCAGCAGAGCUUUAGGUGCAGCCCAAAAGGCACCUGAGAUGGCUCGUGGGGUAGCCUCAGAAGUUCAACGUGUAGGUGUGGUGGAUACUGCAUCUGGAUUUGCUAAGGAUGUUUACACUAAAUACGAACCUACAGCUAAGGAGAUGUACACCAAGUAUGAGCCAGUUGCAGAGCAGUAUGCUGUUUCAGCAUGGCGGUCACUCAACCGACUUCCCCUUUUCCCCAAGGUGGCUGAGUUAGUUGUUCCCACAGCAGCCAUGUGCUCUGAGAAGUAUAACCAAACUGUGAAAGUUGGUGCUGAAAGGGGUUACAGAGUUACCAAUUAUAUGCCCCUCGUACCUGUUGAGAAGAUUGCUAAGGUGUUUGAAGAACAAGACGGUGAGACUCAAACUAUUGCUGCUGAUGUAAAUGGUGGUGAUGUGCCUGUUUCUGCUGCAUACUGAGCUUGUAUCACUCUUUCUGAACUCUCUAAACUUCAAAAAAAAGGAUGUUCAUAAAUCAUAGCUUGAAGCUUUUGGUUAUGGAAUGCAGUUUUGGUAAUUUGUUAGUGUUUAUUUACCCAAGUUUGUGUUUCAUGUUUAGUUUCGGAAAUCUGUCGCUUUAUUCUUCAGACUUACAGUAAUGAUGAUGAUAUGUAUAAAUUUGUUCUGAAUGAUGUUUCAAGAAUUCUUGAUUUUUAUAAAGUCUUGAGCAUUCUCUGUA